ACAACAGGCCCAGUGUGAAUCUGCCCCACCCAUGAACAUCCCUGCCCUGGUAGGCUCCUGUAACUUCUCUCAAGUGCAGAGGAAUAACCCAGGGGCAAACUUCAACCACCCCAGGCAAAGCCGACAGACAAAGAUUCCUUACUCUUCCAAUUCAUCGUAUGUGACUCCCUCGGCUCCUAUCGCAGCUCAAGCCCAGGCGUACCUGGAGCAGAAUGUUCGCAGCAUGGAUCAGUCCAAAACGAUGUGCUCACAUACCAGCUAAUAAAGGUGCUAGUACAGGUCAGGUGAGCUCUAUAGAAGCUAUGAACACAAUAGUGAUGGACCAGUACCUCAACAACAGCCUGUGCUCCAGUGCUUCUCGCUCACAGUUACCAACCCCUGUGCCUUACCCCCACCAGUACCCCUCUGGUGUUGCCUCCCCGCCCAGCCUAUCCGGCUCCACCUCCUCCAGUCCCUCUGCAGCAGCGUCCUUCUUUGCAAGAGCUGCACAGAAACUCAGCAUUUCUUCCAAGAGGAAAAAGAAGCAUCAUCCGCCCGAACCAGAACUGCCGUCUUUCCCUACAAACUUUAGUGAAAUCCUUCGUCUGUCUUCCCCUCCAGCGCCACCAUGUUUGAUGCGAGGGGCCGGACGCUUGCAGACUCCAGGUGCUGGCAAGGUAAAGGUAAUGCUCCGAAUCUGUCCCUCCACAUACUCCGAGCAGAGCGCCUCUUUCCUGUCCGUCGACCCCCGUAAGAAACAAGUGACCGUUUAUGACCCGUCCCACUGUGGGUAUGCGUCAGCCAGUCAGCGCCGCACAGGUGUGCCCGCACCCAAAAUGUUUGCCUUUGAUGCAGUCUUCUGUCCAGAUGACUCUGUGACGGAGAUCUGUUCCAGUAGUCUGACUGAGAUUGUACAAGCUGUAGUCAAUGGUGCUGAUGGCUGCCUCUUCUCCUAUGGCCAUGCUCGCUUUGGCAAGUCCCAGACCAUUGUUGGGCGUGACCAGUCCACCUCUACCCUUGGCGUGAUCCCAUGUGCUAUCUCCUGGCUUUUCAAACUCAUCAAUGAACAGAAGGAGAAGACUGGAGCAAGGUUUUCUGUGCGAGUCUCGGCUGUGGAGGUGACAGGAAAACAGGAGAGUCUACGUGAUCUGCUGUCUGAUGUCGCACAAGGUCAGGAGACAGGUGUGUCCACAGCCCCUGGGGUGUACCUGCGAGAGGACCCAAUCUGUGGCACCCAGCUGGAAAACCAGAGUGAGCUGCGGGCCCCCACCGCCGAUAAAGCCGCGUUUUAUCUGGAUGCUGCGUUAGCGGCGCGCUCUAUACCAGAUUCUGAGGAGGAAGCCAAGUCUGCUCACUUGUUGUUCACCCUCCAUGUGUAUCAGUACAGAAUAGAAAAGUCCAGCAAGGCAGGACUCCCUGCAGUGGCUGGUGGGAGAAGUCGACUUCACCUGAUUGACCUAGGUAGUUGUUCCAAGUCAAAAGAACCAGGUGGUGUGGCGCUAAGCCUGUCAGCAUUAGGCAAUGUCAUCCUGGCUCUCCUCAAUGGACAGAGGCAUGUUCCACACAGGGACAGUAAGAUCGCCCAGUUGUUACGAGAUUCUCUUGGAAACUUGUCUUGUCGCACCUGUAUGAUUGCUCACGUCACCCCGUCUCUGUCACAUCACAAUGAGAGCUUACAAGUGAUUCAGUUAGCAGCUCGCAUCCACAGAAUGAGGCGACGCAAGAACAAGUUCUCAAGCACAAGUUCAGAAGAAAGUUCGUGUGAAGAGAAUGGGCGUUUGAGGCGAUAUGGGGUGCGAGGUUUUCGCAAGAUGGGCACAUUGCGGGAGGAUGUGGCCAUGUCACACUCUGAUCCUGAUUACACAUCUAGCAGUGAGCAGUCCUGUGACACUGUUAUUUACAUGGGAUCAAAUGGACAGUCACUGAGUGACCGAGAACUUACAGACGGAGAAGGACCUCCCAGACAUGUCCCUAGAACUAACCCCCGUUUACCUUCCAAAUCCCCACGCAGGACUAGCGGGUCAAAGUCCUCAGGGGAUGAGGGCUCAAAUUCCGACAGUCGGUCUUCCUACUCUUCAUUUUCUCAGGGAGAGAGGGGACGUUUCACAAGGGAUGAUUCUCUAAUCAAAAUUGGUGCUGUACCUCGGCUUCCCCACCGAUCUAAUGCAACAAAAACAUCAACAGGUGCUCACACAUUAUCCAUUCCCUCACCACCCAUGUCACCACACGUCUCCAGCGAAACGCAGCAGAGGAAGGUUGGCAUCAGAACCACUGUGACAAAACCAAAGUGUCCAUCAGACAGUGAGGAUUCGUCCUCCUUGCAGUCAUUUGGCAUGAAGCCGGACAUGGCUCCAAACAUGCCAAGGACAAAUGGCAAUCUGUGGUACAGGGAGAAAGGAGAAAAUGGUCCUCUGGAAGGGGAGAAGUGGAUUGAUGGCCCUGGAGUGGAGAUUUACACCGAGACCUCUAGCUCAGAGAGGUGGGUGGAUGGUCCUGGGGCCUACAGGUCAGCAAAGAGCAGCAAGUCUGGUCGAUCAGAACACAGGAAACAUAAUAAAAAUCCAACAGUUUCUGCUGAUGAAAGAUGGGUUGAUGGACCCACAGAAAUGGUUGUAAGACAGGGUGUGGUGAAGCCACCAUCAUCAACUGGGCCAUCUGAACCUGCCCCCAAGAAACACGAAAAUAAAUUUGGGCCUUCUCAGUCACGGAGGGCUGCUAGUGAGAAAUUAGCGAAGUGCAGUGUAACAACAAGGCCUUCUGCUUCGCUUAAACAUGUUGUAGGCGACCAAGAAAGGCCGACAAGUAUGGCAAGUGUUGAUAGCAAUGUUUCUUUGAAAGUGCAAACAGGAGAUACCAGGCCUGUCAGUUCACAAGAUGUGACCGGGAGUUUGAAGGAAGUUUCUUCUGUCAAAGUUGGUGGUGAGGAAUCGGGGCCAGGUGUGAAGCCAUUUGUGCGAGACUGGGUGGAGAGACACGCCAUAACACCAGACUGUGUUACACCAAAAUCAGACACGAUGCACAGCAAAAUGAAAAGGGACCAUUCUCUGGAACCUUCAACUUUAGCAAAACAUGGAACAAUUGAAAGGUCCCACAAGGGCAAGUUGUCUGGACAUUCCCCUCAGCAGUCACCUGGUGGUUCUCCGAUCAGCUCGAGAAAGUCACGGACUAGUCGACCUCAUCUGCAAAAGGCCGAUCUGUCCACAUUGUCCAGUCAGUCGACCAGAGUAGCUGAUUGGGUAAAGUCAGUGUCAGGGACAAAUGGUGUGUCAAGUCAGUCACAACCGAAAGACUCAUCAGCUGAUUUUAGAAGUCAACAAUGUACAACAAAGUCCUCCAGUGCAGGACUGGAGAAUGAUCUGUGUAAAGUAGCUGGGGAUAUGGAUGGUGUCAGGGUCCGCAUUGAUGGAAAAGACAUAGCCUGUGAUUUAUCGACGCAAAGCUCAAGUGAUAUUCUUGAGACAGACAGCCCAACAUCUCACCUGUUAAACAGAGAGUCAAUGUAUGAAGUGCAAUUUGAUGAACAAAUAGAAGUAUUGAAGCAUGAUGAUGAAACCUUUAGCAGUGUGUCUGGGACGAAAGAACCAGAAAUCACUGAUAGGCAUUGUGAAUUGGCAGCAGCAAUGUGUGCAUUUGGGGACCGUAGUUUACAGGACCAGUUGCCAUCUCUAGCUACUUGUCUGGAAAUGUCAAAAGAUGCAGAUCUGGACAACUUAGAUACAGAGGGUGAUAUUAAUCUGUGUCCACCAUCUGUGUCUGUUAGCAACAAAGCAAGACUCAGAUGUCCGGAUGGAGCUUCUAAUCCUAAUUUAUCUUUAAGUUCAUGCGGGGAACAUGAAGGAUCACCAAACAAGGAUGUCAUAGCAGUGGAACUGGUCAAAACGAACACUCUUUCCCCAAAUAGAUCAAUAUAUGCAAAUGUAGAUAUGGACUGUUCUCCUGCUGGUUUGCAAGCAGAGCAAGCUUUACUUCUCAAUGAGUCUCGGUCUGCUGAUGGACAAGCCGAUUGUAGUGUUAUAAUAGAAACAAAUGAAGCUUCUGACAAGGAGAUCCAACAACCUUUUCUAGGUGAUGAAGACAAUCUGGCGUCCAAUAAUGACGCAUGUAAACCACCUAUCCCACAGAAGCCAUCCUGCAAAAGUAAACCCAGCGCACUGCCCAAAUUUUUUUCUGGAUCUUCGAAGGGUCAGGGCAGGUCUGCCUCGUCAUCCCCAGCAAGAGGGACACGUGAUGAAAAAGCUCCUCUCCUGUCCAAAUCCAAUGCAGUUACCCAAAACAACAAGUCAGUUGGACACAAUGGCAGAUCGAGAGACAAAGAUAAAUCUAACAAGUCCUCUUCACAACGAUCUGGCUCUCAGCCUGCCGUCAGUAGCCCCACAGGCUCCAACUCAAACAGAUCGUCCAGGUCAAAUAAAUCUCAAUCUCCAAACCGUAGCAAACUUCCAAUAUUUUCUAGAAAGGACAGCAAAGAGUCCAAGACCAGCGGCAAAUCUUCGCACAAGUCUUUUGGGUUUUCCAGAAAGGACAAAGACAAGAGUGGCUCCAGUAAGGCUGGAAAUGUUCGUCUUGGUGAACUGACUAGCCAUAAAGCCAAAGGUACAGAUUCAGACAGUGGAAACGAUAGCGGAAUAGUGGCAAAUGAAAGGAAGAAGCUCCUCUCACCCUAUGCAACUGUUACUCAACCAAGGACGCCAAGUCACUCCAGCAGUGGUCAUGGGAGUGAUAACAGCAGUGUCAUCAGUUCGGACAUACUCUCCAAGACACACCUGGAAAAACUGCAAUGUGGAGCCAGCAGUGGCUAUGAGAGUAUGCUGAGAGACAGCGAAGCGACAGGUACUUCCUCUUCCACUCACGAAGAUACAGCUAGUGAGAGUUCUGGGGAUAGGACAAAGGGCUUCAAGGGAAAUAAGAAACGACCGUCCAGUACCCGUAGAAGCAGGUCAGCUCCAGCUCGAUCACCGGAGAGCCCGUCCCCGAACAAGAGAGAUAGCCCUGAUGGCAAUGCUAAAACUUCUAGUCCUUCCUCCAAGGCUUGGGUAGAUACACGUCACAUCAAGAAGUACAAGGAAGAGCCGUUCCAGAUCCAGGCCUACGGCAUGACGGACAUCGAGAGGAUGCAAAAAUGGCGGUCAGAAGAAGGAGAGCCUCUGACUUCCAUUGAGGAGAGAACAGAGAGGAUUCGGGAGUUACUGGGUACGCAAAACGAGUUGAAACAGGAGUUGUCGACCGCCAAGGACACUCUUUUAGUUGAUAGAAGCACGUGGAGUUUUGACUGUAAGUUGUUGCUGUGUUUCUCGUGUAAAUCACGAAAAAACGAGACGAAGUCUUGAGGCCGAUGGAUAUACGGCACACGGCUCACGGCACCAGUUUUCUCCUUGCCCCAGUACCUACCCGCAUGCCCUGUGUCAGCUCACCACCCGAGAUCCUUGGAUGUGCUUCCGUUAAUGACGUGCUUCUCUUCCGUUCCGUUUAUGACGUUGGUUUCUCUUCCAUUCAUGACGUGGUUCUCUUCCGUGCUACCUGCUGGUGCGCUCGCCCAACUCGCCUCCUGUACAUAUACAUGUUGUGACUGAGGACGCACGCCGUUGUUGUACCACCGAUCCAUGUGAUUUAUCAUUUGCCACUGUGAGCGUGUAUGGUUUUCGCUGUAUAGUUGAUGUCGCCUUGUCAACAUCCUUCAGUUUUGAUUCUCUGAGUUAUUUUGCCAUCCUAAUGUGCUCCUCCUCAGUGUUACACCGGACUAGUAGAGCGUGGACUCGUGGGCCCAGUGCUGCCUGGGUAAUCUCGGACUGUUUACACUGUGGAAGUGGUUUGGAUGUUGUGGUGGAAAUAAUGGUGAUUUCUUUAUGUAGUCCUUUCAUUUUGCUUGACCAUGUUGACGACGCUUUUCCAUGUGGAGGUGACCUAGACUAGGACUUCGAGCAGAAACCAUUGAUAGUAUUCCCUACCAAGAAAAAACAUUUCCAUCAGUCGCCCAACAUGGAUGUCGACAUAGCGUUUGCUGCUGACAAAUAUAAUGAAAACAAUAUAUUUUUCGUAUUAUUUUACCUCGAUUUGAUAAUUCAUGCCAGUUUUUGUACACACGAUAUUGUCAUUGUAAUGUUCACUCAGUUGCUAGGUUAACACUGAUCACC